AUGGAAUUGAUCCCGGCCGUCCUCAGUUACGUGCACGCCCUUCUUAUCACCCAAACGACCACGAAGGCUUACGAGGACUGGACGCUGGACGUCGAAAUGCCGACAAAGAUUAUGUUUGGAAUAUGGGCGCUGUUUGAUAUUUGUUUACUCGUCGCUGGCUCUGUGUGUAUAUCAGUGUCUACUGCUUGGAAAUCUCCAGAUUUAUUGAGAGAUUUGGUAAUCAACGAUGAAGAGAAGAGAGCUGGUUUCGUACUCGGGAUUCUAAUCGUUAUCACCGUCGCUUACUCGACUUUUGCAAUUCUGCGACGGCGCGCGAUACACUUGAAAGUACUUAACUUUACUUUCAUUCUCUUAGCUGUCUUUGUAAUUGUCAUCGGCUCUUCUCUCUGGCUACUAUCACUCAAUCAACGUAGCUUAAUGGCGGAUCUUUGGAAGGAACAUUCACCAGACGAGCAGAUCAAGAUACAGAAUCAUUUCGAAUGCUGUGGAUAUCAGAAUACCACCGAUGCAGGCCUUUUCUCAGAAGACGCCCAGCAGGACUUCUGCUUAGACCUUGAUAAUAAACGCGGGUGUAUGACGCCAAUCGUCAACUUUGCGAGUAAUUAUAUUAGCUCGGUAUACGCUACAAUCUACGGGUUUAUCAUCAUUCUCAUCUGUCUCUUCCUGACUACGGUGUGUGUUUUGAAUGAGCGCGCUAAGGAAGAUAGGUUUAGACGCAUCGAUUCAAAGCGCUCAGUGGGUAAGUUUGCUCAAUAA